AAAAAGUCCCUCCUACUCUAUGAUAUUGAGCGGCUUCAUCGUCACUCAUAUCUCGUUUUUUGUUUAACUCUUAAUUCAAUAAUAACAAUAUAUAUAUACGUGUUUAAUAUAAUUGUGUGAUAAUAAUAAAUCAGUUAAAUUAAAUUGAUAUUUAUAUUUCUGAAUUCUUAUAAUAUUUUACUGAGAUGUCUUUCAACAGGCAAUAUCGAACGCGUAAUUCCACUGGUCGCUACAAUACGCCGGGACAGUUCGUGUCUGCUGGAGAGAAUUACCAAGCCCAUGCCCCGACACUGGCCCGAUGUAGUCGAUGGCUUCCCUCUGACAGUGCUUGCACCCUGACAACCUGCCAACCAGCAUUGCCAUAGACUUGAGCAUGGUACUUUGCUCCAUAGUCUAUUACAAUGAAUGGUUCUCACCAAUAAGAUUGCCUAAGAAGUCUAGCCUUGCUUAAGAAAGCCUUGGCUAAGAAGGCUAUUUUUUCAUAAUUGGGCACAAUUACGUCAAGGUUGCAGUGUGUUAGCCUCUCAGAGGGCAGUGAUAAUGGGUCGAGAAAUCAUUAUGGUCACGAGACUGAUAGGUAUCGUGCACAUACGGGGUUCUCUAGACUUAAGUAGACUGUAGGCUGCCUCAAGAUUCCUCACAUGACUGUCCUCUGGAAUUGUAACUGAAAUUACUUAGAAGGUACUUGUAACUGAAAUACAUGGUAUGUGAGUAAACACUGAAGGUGCAAUUUCAUUGGGUAAAGUCAUGAUAGGAAUAUGGAGGGAGAUGGGUGAUGUGUGCGUACCCUCACAGUGUGAAAGAGAUGACAGUUACAUGCAACACUUCAUAAAUGGCUAGCAUGAGUGGAAGAGGUUAGCUGCAAGUGUACGUUGCAGCUGUGAGUGUGUGUGAUGAAUGUUUGUGAGUGAGAGGUGUGGCACAUGGCUCACGCAGCUGACUGAGGCCAGCUGGUCGGGCGCGGCGCUGUGGCCGGCGGCGACGGCGCGCUACGGAACACGUCGCCUGCACCAAUGAGGCUGUUGGUCAACAGCCGCAGCAGUUUGGUAAUAUGCAGCAGUAUGGGCAGCAGCAGCAGCAGCAGUCGAAGCUGCCUCCGCCUCCAAUACCACAGCAGCAGUUCAGCCAGGCGCCGCAGCAGCCGCCUCUACCGCAGCAGCCGCCUCCGGCUGAACAGCAGCAGCAGGACUAUGAAUCUAAUUUGGAAUCUGAUAAUGCUGAAAUUGAAAUGAAACCAGAGAUUGGAGAUAUGGAGGAUUCCAAUUCAGAUGGAGCAACUCGUCCGCACUGGAUGAAACCAAGAAUACCCGGCCUAAGAAAGAUCACAAAGAGGGAGAGGCGCCGCCGGCAGAACGAGCAUCUCCGCCGCCUGCUCGUGCCCAAGAACGCGCUUAUGGUGCUCAACGAGAUGAUGCUGCAGGAACAGAUGAACAAUGGGGCAAAGGAGCACGCGGCUCACCUGAUGCAAUUUAAAGUGGAGCCAGCAGACAACAAUCCAUACUUUAAAUCACAAAACAAACAAAAUUUCUGUGCUGACUUGACACUGGAAGGGCAGACUUACAAGGGUUAUGGCGAGAACAAGAUGAUGGCCCGCAACGCGGCCGCCGAGCAGGCGAUCAGGGACCUCAUCAUCAAACGCUUGGCAAAAGCGUGCAACGACACUAACAGUGAAGGUAAUGGCUCCCAGAACGGCGACGAGGAGGAGACGCUGCCGAUGAUCCAGAUCGCGUCGUUCGCGCUGCACAAGCUGUUCCUCGAGUGGGAGUACGCGGGACACAAGGUGCCGCAGCUGCGCCCGCCCUCCAUUUCGGUGUCGGAGCCCGAGCCGGAAACGGAAGCGUCGCGCGCGGCGGGGGCGGCGGCGGCGGUGAAGCCGCCGAAGGUGCUGCCGCUGAACGCCGCCGCCAUGCACCCGUGCAUGCUGCUCACCUACAUGCGGCCGCAUCUCGAGUACCGCGAGCUCGCCGUCGAGGGCGACCGCCCGCAGAACAUGCUCUUCACGCUCGGCGUCGACAUCGACGGCGCCACCUACGUCGGCAAAGCGUCGAACAAGAAGGAGGCGCGCAAGGCGGCGGCGCGGGCGGCGUGCCAGGCGCUGUUCAACGUCAAGUUCGACGACGCGCCCACCGCCAACACGCCCGUCGCCGCGCCGCCGCCGCCGCAGUAGGCCUGCACCGGCCCUCGCACCGCUAGGGUUGCCGAUUGCACGCUAAUAUCUGUCUUAUCCUUCCUUUUACCAUACCAGUGACCAUAGUUCCGGACAUUAAUACUUGCCUUGUUAGCCUUGUAUUUGUUCGGCUGGGACGGUACGCAAGAAUCGACCUCCGGAACAUUCUACAUCAAUCGAUCACAAUCUGUAUUUAUAAAAUUGAAUAUUAGUUUGGCAAUUUAAAUUAUGAUGGUCACCGUAAAAUUUGGUACAUUAUUAUGUAUUUUUUUCAUGGAAGAAAUGUCCACUUUAAAUCAUUGAACAGUAACAUCAUGAUAAUUUGUAUAACUAUAUAUAAUAGGGAAUACCGUCUUGCUGUUUACAUUGUUGUAAUUUAUCAUUAAUUUACAAAUUACAUACAAAUCAUCCAAUUUUAUAUAUACAGAUGAGAGGAUUUAUACGUACAGUACAAAUGAGUGGGCUGUGCUCUUAUUAAUUCUGGAGGAGUUUUGUGACCUGUCUCUCUAGACAAGUGGCAAGGUAACUCGACGAUGGACUCGACAUCGCUAGCGAGUCCGUGAGAUAGAAUGAGAUAGCAACGCCGUAUGUUUCAUUCCAACUUACGGACUCGCUAGCGAUGUCGAUUCCAUCGACGAAUUCGCUUGCCACUUGACUAGAGAGUAUGUUCAGUCUUCUACAAAAAAUUCGUUAAUACUUGGACUUAAUACGUCGAGGUUUAUACCAAACCUAAAGAUAAUAUGUAGAGUAAAUUUGCCUUUAUUACAACAGCUGAGGUAACAGAGAAAUACUUAAUUCCAUAUUUAAAUCGUGGAUGUGAUGUUUCCACAGAUUGUAUACAGUAAUCAUUCAUUCGUGUCGGGCAUCAAUUAUUUGUGCGUUUCGUUUCAUCAGAAAACUGUUUUUUUUUUUAAAUUUAUUACUUUAAAACAAUGUUUAUAAAAUUGAAAUACGUUUUGUAUAUAAUAUUUAAUUUCUCGUCAUUACUAUUUAAGUAGUUCUGACAUAUUUUGACAUUUUAAUACAUAUUUUUUGCAAUUGCUAUUUAUCGCUAUUUCGUAGCAGUUGUAUCAUGAAACGGAAUGUAAGUUCGAUUUUUUUUUUUUAUAAAAUUAUUACACAAACUAAUUAAUAAGUCAGAACUUAUAAAUUAGAUAAAAAUCUUAAAAAAAACUGUUUGUAAUUACUCCUCUUCAUCCAAAGGUUGUCUGGGAGAGAUCGCUUUUAGCGAUAAGGUCGCCCAUUGUUGUCUCAUUGUGAUUAUUUCUUGUAAUUAUUUAUAUAAUAAGUUUACUAUUGUAAUCUUUUGGAGGAAACAAUAAAGAGUAUCUAUCUAUCUAUCUAUGGAUAAUAUUUUAAAUACGAAAGAAUAUAAAAAUAAUAAUUUCUCGUCUUAUUACAAGAGUGAUCAUAACCUCAAAAAUGAAUAUUUGGUCUUAAACCACUGUAGGACUAAGUAUUUUGGAGGUUUAUCUUUAGAUCGUCUACGGUUCAUUGAUAAACUUCGUUUUGUAAUAGGGAUCGAUUUAGUCUGUGGUUUAUUACAUCUUUAUUUUGCGUUUUGUAAUAAGGUAGAUUAAGUGUAGCAAUAUUAGCAAUAAUCUGGUGUGAUCACAUUUCCAUAUGUAUUUGUAAUAUUGUCUAAGCAUGACUGUACACAUUGAGAAGGGUUUGGUCACUCUACUUACAUCGAGAACUUGCUAGAGAGACGAAUCAUUCGGAUGCUAAAAUAGAUUUUAGAUUUGAACUUUGACACUUUACGAAGGAAACAAUAACACAUGGUUGUUGUUAUUUUUUUAUGUCGGUAACCCUAUUUAUAUUAUAAAGAAGACUAUUCUACAAUCACAGUUUGUACUGUUGUCUUGUCCUGUAUGACAAUACAUACACACUUGUACAUUUUGCUUAAGUUAACAAUGACUACGUAAUGUUUUUAUUUUUAUUUAUAAUUAUCCAAUAUAGAGUAAUAUUAUGAUUGCAGUAUAUAAUAUAAGGUCCAUUAUAUUUCGUCUAUGAUUAUUUACAUAAGUGUAUAAUGUAUUAAUUCUCCAUACCUAUCUAUAAGAUUAUUUUCGACAUAAUAAUUUAGUAAUUGUAUUGUUUAAUGAUUAAAGUACCAUACGGUAUUGAAAAGUAUACAA